ACCACUUCCUGUCAUUGUCAAGUAACUUCCGUCUAGCAACUGGUGUUUACUUCGUAGGCAGCUUCGUUUUACAUUCUCCAGUUUUGGAAUUCUCGCAAAAAAACAAAAAUGAGUGAACAAAUCAAGUUCAUUGUAGAACAGCUCAAUAAAGAGCCCUUCAAGAAGACAUUCAACCUAAUCACCUUUGACUCUUUGGAGCCACUGCAGUUGCUGCAGCUGCUUAAUGAAGUUCUGGCUGAAAUUGAUCCAAAACAUAACAUUGAUAUUCGAGAGGAAGCACCAGAUCAAACAGCAAAGCGAAUGUUUAGCCUUCUGGGAAUUCUGAAAUAUAAGCCACCUGGAAGUGCUUCUGAUAUGAGUGCCUUUCGACAGGGUCUGGUUACUGGGAGUAAACCUAUAAUUCAUCCCAUUUUGCACUGGCUUCUGCAGCGGACCAAUGAGCUUAAAAAAAGAGCAUAUUUGGCUCGCUUCCUUGUCAAGGUGGAAAUCCCUGCUGACUUUCUUCAGGAUGAUGUGGUUGCAGACACUUAUCAUCAGUAUGAAGAAUUGGUGGAAGGGUUCAAGACCUUGCACAGGGAAUGUGAACAGCUGAAGAACUGUGGUUUUUCAACUGCAGAAAUAAGGAGGGACAUAAAUGCUAUGGAGGAAGAGAAGGAUCAACUAAUUAAGCGUGUCGAGCGUCUGAAGAAAAGGGUGGACACUGUAUCAAAUCACCAGCGGAUGUUAGAAAUGGCAAGACAGCUUCGUGUGGAGAAGGAGAGGGAAGAAUCGUUAAUGCAGCAAAAGCAGGAACAGAAAAAUCAAUUAUUCCAUGCAGAACAAAGGCUGCAGAGAGCACAGCAGCAGUUAAAGGACCUUCGACAAGCUUCAGCAGAUGCAAAGCCUGAGGGUUUGAUGAAGAGGCUGGAUGAGGAAAUAAAAUUCAACACAUAUAUGGUUUCAGACAAGCUUCCCAAGGAAUUGGAUAGCAAGAAGAAAACUGUUCAUUACUUACAGAAAGUGGUUGCAGAACCUGCAAUGGGUCACUCUGAUCUCAGUGAGCUUGAAACCAAGAUCCAGGAGAUCAAUACUCAAAUUAACCAAUUAAUUGAGAAGAGAAUGAUGAGAAAUGAUCCAAUGGAUGACAAACUGUUCCUUUUUCGGCAACAGGCAUCUAUCAUUUCCCGAAAAAAAGAAGCUAAAGCUGAAGAGUUGCAGGAAGGAAGAGAGGAGUUAUCAAACCUGGAGAAAGAACUUGCACAGAAAACAAACCAAGCUCGUGAUUUUGAUGGCACAGAAGUUCUGAAAGGUGAUGAGUUCAAACGCUACGUCAGCAAGCUUCGUAGUAAGAGCACAGUUUAUAAGAAGAAACGUCAAGAACUGGCAGAGCUAAGAGCAGAGUAUGGUGUGCUGCAGCGAACUGAAGAAAUUUUAAAACUGCGAUUUGAGGCCAUACAGCAACAGCUGCAAGCGUUCGAAGCUAAGCAUGGUAUUACUGGCUUCAGUGACACACAGGAGGAAUUGGAGAGGGUAUCCGCAUUGAAGAGCGAGUUGGAUGAAGUGAAGGGACGAACCCUUGAUGAAAUGUCUGAAAUGAUAAAGAAACUCAAUGCCCUUAUUUCUGAAAAGAAGACUGCCCUGGCUCCUGUCAUCAAAGAACUACGACCAUUGCGUCAAAAGUGUCAGGAACUAACUCAAGAGUAUGAAGAAAAAAAAUCACUCUACGACAGUUGUGCAGCAGGUUUGGAAAGUAAUCGAUCUAAGCUUGAACAGGAAGUCCAAGGGCUCAGAGAGGAAUGUGGGCAGGAGGAAACUAGAUACCAUUACAUCAACUGUUUGAAAAAGAUCGCUGAAAAGCAGAUACAACGAGCUUCUGAUGAAAUGAAACUAUAUGUUUCUGCAGAUCCACAAGAAAGAAGAAAAGCCUUAAGAGAGCAGUACAAUCGAAAUAUCCUUGAGCAAGAAAAUCUGGGAAAGAAACUACGUGAGAAGCAGAAAGCUGUGCGGGAGAGCCAUGGGCCAAACAUGAAGCAGGUUAAAAUGUGGAGAGAUUUUGAGCAACUGAUGGAAUGCAAGAAACAGUGCUUUCAAAGACAGCAGCACCAGAAUUCUAUUGGUCAGGUGAUACAGGAAGGAGGAGAGGACAGAUUGAUCUUGUAAAUUAUAUAAUUGAUUUGUCUUAUUGUGCCUCAAAAACUUAAGAUUCUUUGUCUUGGGGCUUUUUCAACAGUUUUUCAACUAUUUUUGAGUUAUUCUUGGUUUUAGUUAAUAUACCGAAUUCUAAAUUUGCAAUUAAUUGUUUAGUAACUUAGAUUUUGUAUGCAAUUAGCACCUACAAAGUCUCAUUUGCAACAACAAAUUUGAUGAUCCACCAGCUCUUCUGUAACAACAUUGUGUUCUCAUGGGGUAAAGCAGGAAUAGAAGUUUUUGUCUUUUCACCAUGGUACCUCAGGAGAAUUGAGUAGUGAUCAUACCUACUGUACAUAAUUUUUCUAUGCCACAUUAUCUUUCAUCAGCUGAAAAAGAGAAACAGAUAUAAGGAGCUGUGCAAUUCAGGCCAACUCAGAAAAAACUGUGACCAGAGUGUGAAUGAAAAUAAAUGUUGAAGCUUAUUCAUAGGAAAUGUGUAAAGCAGGCAAAUAUUGAAAAUACAAACAUAUGUACAGAUUUCUUAACUACAUCAAAAUAUUCUUCAUGAAAACAGUGAAAUGUAUGAUUUUCAAAGUUGUGUUUUAAUAAAAAUAAGUCAACCAUACCAGUAUCAACAAAAUUGCGACCAUGAGUCUUCACUAAUAUCUCAAGUGUGUUCUGAGGGUAUUAUAGCAUAGGAAGUCCCAGGAUUGACCUUUGUGCUGUCACCUAAAUUGGCUGAAUGGCAGUGAUGAUAGCACUUAAGAAUAACUUUGUUGCUCCCAAGUUAAACAGCAGGAACAAAAUGACAACUGUGCCCUAAUCUGGUCCUCAUUAAAAGAGCUUCAUACCUGUUCAAAGGUGAGCAUGAUUACUUUUGGUGAUGUACUCUUUCCACAAGCAAAUAAUUUACUAGUGCUCAUAGUCGAGAACAAUUACUAAUUCAGUGUCGUACAAGAGAGCUGUUAGUGCCUUGAUCCUAUACUGCUUUCAUGGGGAGGAAUUUAUGGUUUCAUAGCAUAAUUUAAAUUAGUAUGUAUAUUGCCUUGCAAACUAUUCUGAAUAUUUAUAAUCAGCAUUGUUGCAGAUGAGCUUGAAUUCUAUUUCGAUACUCGAUCGGAAUUAUUGGGUUUAUUCAUCCCUGAGUGGCUGUAUUCAACUUUAGUACAUCAAAAAUAUGAACAGUGCUAAAGUUCUAAUGAUUAUUCUAAAGAUUAUAAGAGCCAUGAUUUUCUGUGUUAAUGAAAAUGCCAGAUUUUGUGUUUUUUCAAAAUGCAGGCCAUAACAAUUGUUAAGCAAGUAAAGGCUCAAUUUAUAUCAAUUAGUUCCUUGAUAUUAGUGUUUUCGUUAUUAGAUUCUUAUUAUUUGGUACUAAGUAUAAUGGUCAAAGAGGAGCCAGUUGCCAUAUUCUUAACAGCUGAAAAUAAGUCAAUCAGUUGGGACUGCAGCCUUCUUUUGGAGUAAUUUUUAGACUGUGCCUAUUAUUGAGUGCAGAUGUCGCUGCCAAUUAUUCUUCAGAUUAAAGAAGUCUCUCAGGAAAUAUACUGGAUUCAACAUCACUGAAUCUGCAAUGAUUUGCAAUGGGAACUUGAUUGUACUAAAUAAUCUGAAAAUUUGGAGCUCCCCUUCAAGCUCUAAUUUUGUCAUUUCUGAUUGCAUGAAACAGAAUAAAAUGGCAAGAAAUUGAUAGAACAAUAAUCCAGAUUCACUUUUCCCCAUAAACACAUGGCAAUCUUUACUGUCUCUGUUUGCUGUCUUUUAAAUAUUUUUGUUAAAACUUUGCGAAUAAGACUUUGAUGUGCUUCUCCAUACAAAAUUUAGAAGACCAAUAAAUGUGAUAGAGUAAUAACUAUAUUUGUGGGAACAGUGAAUCUGCAGAUUGAGCUGUUUUGUAGUAUUAUGAUAGGUUUCAGAAUGAGUGUUUGCACUUGUUUUCAGAAGUAUGCCUGAUCUUUUGAAUAGGUUAUGAUUAGGUUAAAAAUAUUGAUAUAGUUCCCAGCAUGUAAUGCUGUCACAAUAAAAAUGUAGUGUAUAAACGUGUAUGAAAUGAUUUAUUUUGUGCAUUUUAAAUGUUUGAUACAUGGAAUUAAAAGCACAUAGUUCCUCAUGGAAAGUGUGUGCAACAAUCUGAGUUAAAAUGCAGAGUUUUAUUUGCCAUAUUACCAACAUGACUGAAUGGAUUGGUUUUUCCAGUGAUAAUGAAAUGACUCAUUAGACUAAUUUGUUUCUACCACAAUGGGUUCAAUUUUCAUUCUAGGAUGUAGUUCCAUUGUUGCAGGAACCCGCAAACAUUGACAGGACAAUAAGAGACUUCCAGAAAUCUUUAGAUUGCAGCCCACUGUCUUUGGUGGGAGCUACCGACACAUGAAGGGGACAGUGAGUGGGUUUCUAUUUCCAUUCACCACCUGAUCAGGUAAAGAGCAAAGGUGAGAUUAAUGCAGUGAAGGCUUCCCAAUUAAGCGAUGCCUCUCUGUUCAGCUUCUAGGAUGCGGCCACAAUUGCUGAAUGCUUUAUAGGGUUGCCUGGCAAAGUGACCACCGUCCUGAGCAUAAACUUUCUGGAUCAUGCCUUUCCAGGAAACUCACCCUGCAUUUUUACUAAAAUAGAACAAAGAACUGCAGAUGCAGGAGAUCUGAAACAACCCUGAGCCUCAGCGCAAGCUAAAAAAACAGCAUCUCAUUUUCCACUUGGGUACUCUGCAGCCUCUAGGACUCAACGUGGAGUUCAAUAACUUCAUAGUCUAAUUCCAUCCUUCCAUUUUUUUUAACCCACCCUUCCCUUUUUUUUUAACCCACCCUCACACCUGGUCCUGUCAUGACGUGGGUUACUUUUAGCAGUCAACCUAUUCUGGCCCACUCAUUAUUCACUUAUCACAUUACAUGGAUCAAAACAGAAAUUGCUGGAAAGAAUUCAGCAGGUCUGGCAGCAUCACUGGAGAGAAAGCAGAGAUGUGGGUCGA